AUGAGUGUCAAGAUCACCACCAAAGAGCAGGCCCAGAAGUUUCUAGACCAGUACGACGACUUCCUGUUUGAUUGUGAUGGAGUUCUCUGGCAGGGAAACCACCUGCUCCCCCAUGUUCCUGAAACUCUUCAGCUUCUGCGAGAUAACGGCAAGCGGCUGAUUUUCGUCACCAACAAUUCGACCAAGUCUCGACAGGCAUACACUAAGAAGUUUGAGAAGUUUGGCAUCAAGGUCAACAAGGAGGAGAUCUUUGGAUCCGCCUACUCGGCCGCCGUCUACCUCCAGAAGGUGGUCAAGUUCCCCAAGGACAAGAAGGUGCUUGUUGUUGGAGAGACUGGCUUGGAGGAGGAAUUGACCGAAGCAGGUAUCCCCUGGCUCGGAGCCACCGACGCCGCUUACAAUCGAGUGGCCGACGACGAGGCUCUGUCGUCGAUUGUGCGAGAUAAGUCUAUUGGAGCUGUUCUAUGCGGUCUGGACUUCCACAUCAACUACUACAAGAUCGCCAACGCUCUUAUCCAACUGCAGGACCCCGAGACUCUGUUCCUAGCCACGAACAUCGACUCUACAUACCCCUCUCACGGAAAGCUGCUUCCCGGAGCCGGAACUAUUGUUGGAACCCUUGAGACGUCUUCUGGCCGAAAGCCCGUUGCUCUUGGAAAGCCUUCUCAAGCCAUGAUGGACUGUAUCAAGGCUCAGUUCGAGUUUGAUCCCUCCAAGGCCUGUAUGGUCGGUGACCGUCUCAACACGGAUAUGCGAUUCGGCGAGGAAGGAGGUCUGGGAACACUCUUUGUGCUCAGCGGUGUCGACACCGAGGAGAGCAUCAAGAAGGAGGACGCGGUCGCAAAGCCCAAGUACUAUGCCGAUAAACUCGGAGACCUUUACGAGCUUCUCAAAAACUAG